AUGUUAAACGGUACGUUCAUUUACAUCUGUACUCUUGUUGUUUUUGUUUUUGACUUAGAUCUAUGCUUAGGACGACCAUGCACGGCUGAUGGAGAAUUUCUGCCACAUGGCGCCCCUCCAACUCCCAUGCCACAAAAGGCUCCUGACGACUGGAGCCCAUAUCGCAAUAGAAUAGAAUUUGAGGCGGCUGAGUUCACGUUCAAAAAAUGCCAUAUGUCUGCCAAAAACCUGGAUUUCUUAUGUGAUUUAAUGGCCGCAACUCUCGUGAAACACCGCGAUGUCCCUCCAUUCGCCGAUCAUAAAGAUCUCCACAAUGUCAUAGAUGCGACACAGCUUGGUGAUGUCCCCUGGCAAUCUUUCUCGGUUCAGUACACAGGAGAACGCCCUGAGGUUGUCCCGCCAUGGAUGGAUGAUGAAUUCGAUGUCUGGUAUAGGGACCCUCGCGCGAUGGCGCACAACAUACUAGCCAACCCCACCUUCAAAGAUGAAAUCGACUAUACGCCAUUUCGUGAAUACGAUGCAUCGGACAAGACGCGCCGUUGGAAAGACUUCAUGUCUGGAGACUGGGCAUGGAAACAAUCAGACAUCAUAUCAAAAGAUCCAGAGACGCAUGGAUCUGCGUUAGUCCCAAUCAUUCUCGGUAGUGAUAAGACUACCGUUUCUGUGGGCACUGGUAACAACGAGUACUAUCCCCUCUAUGCCUCGAUCGGCAAUGUACGCAACAGUGUACGGCGUGCUCACCGCGAUGCUCUUGUCAUAAUCGGUUUCCUCGCCAUACCCAAAACUGACAAGAAGCAUUCAAAAGAUGAUGCGUUUUGGAUAUUUCGUCGCCAGCUAUUCCACAGCUCGCUAUCUGCCAUUCUCUCUAGCUUGAAAUCCGCAAUGACCGAAUACGAAGUUGUGCGCUGUGGAGAUGGAUAUUUUUGGUGUAUUAUAUACAGUCUAGGACCCUACAUCGCGGAUUACGAGGAACAACUAGUGCUAUCCUGUAUUGUUAAGCAUUGGUGCCCGAAAUGUAUUGCAGUUCGAACGAACCUCGACAAUGGUGGCAUGGAUCGCUGUCGUGAGCACACUGAGUUCCUUAUUGGUGAGCUACAUGGGGAUGUAUUAUGGGAUGAAUUCGGUAUCAUUGGUGAUCUCGUCCCCUUUACGAACGACUUCCCCCGAGCAGAUAUCCACGAGUUACUGUCAUUCGACCUCCUCCAUCAGCUCAUCAAAGGUGCUUUCAAAGACCAUCUCGUCGACUGGGUAGCAAAGUACCUCAAGGCUGUGCACGGGACCAGGCGGGCGGAGGAGAUUAUGAGCGACAUAGAUCGCAGAGUCGCUGCUGCACCAUCAUUUUCUGGUCUACGACGAUUUCCUCAAGGCCGCGACUUCAAACAGUGGACGGGUGAUGAUUCGAAAGCGCUCAUGAAGGUCUUUCUUCCAGCUAUUGAAGGCCAUGUGCCUGGAGAUAUGGUUCGCGCAUUUCGCGCAUUGUUAGAAUUUUGUUAUCUUGCGCGGCGCGAUGUUGUCACCGAAGAUACCCUGAACCAGAUGCAAGACGCACUUCACCGGUUCCAUCGCUAUCGCCAGAUAUUUGAUCUCGUUGUUCCUACCUUCUCACUCCCUCGCCAGCACUCAAUGAUUCAUUAUACGGACAUGAUUCGACUUUUCGGUGCCCCGAACGGACUAUGCUCGUCAAUCACAGAAUCAAAACAUAUCAAGGCUGUAAAGGAGCCUUGGCGUUGGUCAAGCAGGCAUAAUGCUCUUGGUCAGAUGCUUGUAACCAAUCAAUGCCUUGACAAGCUUGCAGCAUCCCGCGUGGACUUUGAUGCACGAGGGAUGCUCACUGGCACUAUUUUAUCAAGUGCUUUAGCCGCUCUCAGUAAGAUUUCUUUCUCUGGUCACAUCGAUAUCGAUGACGGUGAGGUAGUUGAUGGUCCAACAGUACUUGGUUAUGUAGUGCUUGCCAAAACUCCUCAACGAAAACGGGCACGAACAGUAGUGGCGUUAGCACACGAAGUUGCUGUUCCAGAUCUGCGACGCCUCAUUCGACACUUUUUGUUCACUCAGCUCAACCAAGAUGAUCCCCGCGAUCCUGCAGAUGUCCCAACUGGUAGCUUGCCUCGGCAUGAAGGCAAGCUCCAGGUCUUCAAUUCUGCUGCCGCAACCUUCUUUGCUCCCAGCAAUCUGAGUGGUACUGGUGGCAUGCGACGGGAACAUAUCCGUGCAUGUCCACUCUGGAGAAACGAGUACCCGCGCAAUGACUGUGUGUUCAUCGACACUGAUUCGGACGCUCAAGGCAUGCGAGGACUCGAAGUUGCGAGAAUUGUAUGCUUCUUUUCUUUCAAGCACAACUGGGAAGUAUAUCCAUGCGCUCUCAUUCAUUGGUUUGAGAAGAUUGAUGAUUGUGCUGACGAAGACACUGGCAUGUGGAUGGUCCGUCCCAGUUUCCACAAGGGUGGUUCCCGGAACCUUGCUGUUAUUCAUAUCGAGACGGUGUUCCGUGCAGCACACCUGAUACCUAUGUACGGUUCGGAGUACAUCCCUCACGACCUUAAGUUCUACCAUUCCAUUGAUUGUUUCCGCUCAUUUUAUGUCAACAAGUUCGCUGAUCAUCAUGCGUUCGAGAUAGCCUCCUGA